AUGGACGACCCCUCAACCCAAACAACCAAAAUCCUAACCCACCUCUCCAAAACCCUCUCCCUCUCCCCGCCCCAAUCAACCCACCCGCCCGCAACCCUCACCGGCCUCCCGACAUCACACACCGGCACAGCCUACCUCUUCCUCUCCGUCUCGGCCCACCACCCCCGAAUCCAGAUUCACUCCUACCCGGCCAUCCACUGGGCCCGCGCCUACAUCUCCAACAUCCCGACCCCGUCCGCCCCGAUAUCUCUGCCGUCUACACAAGAGACAGCACAAGGAAGGCUCGUCCUAGGCCUCCUCUCCGAUGACCUAGCUGGUCCCGCCAUCCGCGCCUGCGUGACAAAAGACCUCCUCCACGUCCGCAAGUUCCUCGCGAUCCUCUCUCCCGUGUUGGAAUACAUCAUCUCCUCCAAUGCAAAUGCCAACUCCUCGUCCUCCUCAGCACCGACGACAAACUCCUCGACAGCAAUGGACCUAGACGCCCCGGAACCGACAACAACGACAACACCACCCCUACCGAGCUGCCUCCUCCACGGCCUCGCAGGAACACUCUACCUCCUCCGCCUAAUUCGCCACUGGGUCCCCUCCUCCGCACCCCUCGUCUGCGGCGCGAUAGUCCACGUGUCAGACUACCUCCUCGGCCCACAUCCCUGGACAUGUCCCUCUCGAUCACCGUCUUCGCCUCAAUCUCCUCAUUCAUCACCACCGCCGCCACCAGAAGACGCCCACGGCACGAUCCACGGCGACCUAGGCAUACUGACCCAACUCGUCCUCACAUCCCCGCCCCUCGCCGCAUCCCCGUCCCUGACAUCCCGCCUCGCAGCCCUCCUAGACCUCCAGCUUCCCGACGGCGACUGGCCGGCCCCAUCACCCACUUCACCUCCACCACAUUCACAACCUCUUCAAAACGAUGUACAACAGUCAUCAGAGGUACCACCAACACAACAAGAACCCCCAGAAGCAUCAGCAGCAGCAGUAGCAUCAUCACCACGACAACCACACGGCUUCGCCUCCGGCCCCCAAGGUCUCGUUCUCUCCCUCCUCUCCCUACGCCCCUUCUUCCCGAGCCUACACGACCGCAUCGACGAGGCUGUUGAGAAGGCGCGCGAGUUUCUCUGGGCUAGGGCGGUUGAUUCUGAGGGGCCGACUGAAGAGGCGAAUUUAUUUUACGGAUCAUUGAGUACCGCGUUGUAA